AUGGGAACGCAACAACCACGCAAGAAGCGUGCCUCAUUUGCAAGUCUGAAACGCGAUCUCAAUUUGCAUCAUUUUUUUCGGCCCAACGUGAGCGAUUUCAGUAGCUCGGCUACAGCCGCUGCAGCCGCUGCGGCGGCAAGCCAUCUGAGGCCCGGUGUCACUGGUGGUCAACCCCGGCGUGAAUCGUUCCUCUAUCGGCCAGCAAUCGAUGAUCGUGAAUUCAAUGUUCCGUGCCGUUCAGUUUCACGCACUUCCUCCGUAACCUCGGCUGCCGCACAUGAGUAA